AUGAGAAAGUGUGUGCAUUCUCUAGAAAAGUCUUCAAAGUUGAAGAUUAUAAAGUUUUCAAUGUAUGGAAAUUCCUCAGAAACACAGAAAGUAUCCAGUACAAUAGAUAACACAGUUGAAAAGCUAUUGCUCUUUGGACAAAAUGUCAGUGUUAGAAGUGGUUUUGGUUUGUUCAUGACAGUUACAGAAAAAGCUGAUGAACAACUAAAACUGCCAACAAAUUUAAUGGUUUCAUUUCGAGUUUGUCAUGUGGUUGAACCAUUGCCUGCCAUGAUACUAGAAGGAAUUUUCUUUUCUUUGGGUUUUACAGAAGCUGUUAGUAUUGCAUCAAGUCUUGUCAAAUUGAUGCAGAAUGUCAAAAGCAAGCUUCCAGCCUCUGUGUCUAAGUACUUCACUUUAAAAACCUUAAAGAAGACAGCUUAUUUAGCUGCUGAAGAGUUUUUUAAUAGUCCACAUGAGGGACAGACAGAUGAUGAGAAUCAGGAAGACUGGGAUGGUGUUUCAUCAACCACAGAAUUAGAAGAACGAGCAGUUGUAUUAAGUUUACAGAAGAACUUUUCAUCUCUUCUCUCCCUACAAGAAAAAGUUUGGUUUAUGGACAUAGUUCAACAGUUAUUUCCAUAUUUUCUAAUUGGUGAAUUGGACACUGAGAUCUUUUCUGAUUGGUUACUGAAGCAAGAAGUAGAAUUAUGUCUUGUAGAAAUGGGAAUUAAUCCUUCUGAGGAGCUAUUAAGUAAGGUCCUUGAUGUUUUUUCUGGAAUCCUGUCAAAAGGCUCUGUUGCAUUGGUUGGACCAUCUGGUAGUGGAAAAACAAUAAGUUAUAGAUCACUCAUCAUGGCCUUAAAUCACCUCAGUGGCUGUAUGUCUGAUCAAGAAACGAACAGUUCAUACCCUUGUGUAUGUGUGAGACAUCUAUUCCCUGAUGCUGUAACACAAACUGCUAAGCCCAAAGAAGAUAACAUUAGAGAAAGCAAGGCAGGAUUUCUAAGUGUUGCUCUAAGUCAUUACAGCCAAAGUAUCGAGUCAAAUGAAACUUGUAAUCAGACAUCAACCCAUCGGCCUCAAACCUGGUUAAUAGUUGAUAGUAUUGUUGAUCCCUACUUGUGGGAAUUGGGACUACAUGGAGGGCUUGGUUGGGAGCAUAUUCUGAACAGUGAUGGGAAGAUGAAACAUUCAACAGUUAAGCUUCUAGUGGAAACAUUGAAUCUUAAUAAUGCAUCACCAGCCUUUCUGACUUCUGUCAGUGUAGUGAUGUUUAGUAGCGAGACCCUUCACUGGAAAGCAUUAGUAGAAGGCUGGGCUCGAGGGAUGCCCAUUCAGUGUAAUUUAUCUCUUGCUAACAUAGACACUAUUGUUGGAUGGAUAGAAGAUAGUGUACCUGCUGCCUUGUCCUUUCUUGAAAACACAGGAGAAAAAGUUUGGUGGCCUGAAGCUGUCUUCUCAACUUGUCAGGUUUCUACAUUUUUGCAAGUUUUAUCUUGUGUCCUCAAGACUUUGUUCAGUGGAUGUGCUCCAACCCAAGAUCGUCUUCAGCACAUGACGAGAAUGAAGACAUCAUAUGCAUAUGCCUUUCUGUGGGGGUUUGGUGGACAGCUGAACAGCAGAGCUCGAAAAAAAUUUGAGCCAUUUGUACAAGCAUGUUUGAAGAAUUGUAUUCCUCCUAUUAAACCACCUGACAAAGGCUCUCCAUUUGAUUACACCAUUCAUCAGGAACAUGGCCAAUGGGUGCUUGCUGAUGGUGGAGUUUUUGCUUCUGGAAAAACAAUGUCAACAAGUUCUUUCUAUGUUCCUGUUUCUUCAAACUUCUCCGUGACUGUCACUAUGGAACAGAUAUUUUUAGAUAUGUUUAAUCCAAUUCUCUUAUCGGUCAGCUACAGAGAGAUGGACUUUGGAACCCUUAUUCUUAUGGAAUGGCUAAUGAAAGCCCAUCAACCAAUUUUGAUUAGUGGUGAGACUGGAUCAGGGAAGUCAGCAUUGUUAAAACACAUCAACAGGACAUACCAGAAUUCCACUAUGGUCUCACUGAGUACAGGCUACCGUCCAGCUGAGCUGUGUCAAAUCUUACAAAUGCUGCAAAAGAGAGUUAAGUCAAAUGGAGAUAAAGCUUCAUUAGUACCAUUACAAAUUGGAGACAGUCGGAGACUACUUGUUUGUGUUGAUGACUUACAUCUUGGUGGUAGAUUAUCAGGAUUCUUUUCUGUCCAAGAGGUUAUUAGAGCUUUGUGCUCUGUUAAAAAACUGCUGGUAGGUGGCACUACCAGGCACAUAAACAUGAACAAUCUGGAUGUAAUAGUGAGCAGUGCAACAUCAAAUCCACCCUCGAAUCUACAGGUAUUGAGUUCCCGUCUACGUCGACAUUUUGUAAAUCUUCAUUUGUCCACACCAAAUGAAGAUUCUUUUCUACAAAUAUAUUCUUCUUCUUUGUCUCACUGGCUUUCACAGUUUCCCAAGAGCAUACUUCAAAACCAUGCUGUACUUGUAGAGGCUAUGGUUUCAAGUGCCUUUGAACUGCAUUGUAAUAUCAGCACUCAGCAGAAGCUAUCUGAAGAGAAUCCACUUUGUGUAUUUAGCUGGCACAGUAUCAGACAAUUACUAAAUGGGUUGCUUUUGGUCAAACGAGAUAAAGUUACUCUACAGGGAUCUCUCCAACUUUCUUCAGUAGUAGCUCGAUCUCAAGGACCUCUAAAAAAGAGGCAAGACUCCAAACUUCCCAGACUUGUAACUAAAGCAGAAGAAGCAGAGCCAUCCCCACUUGUCAGUAAGCAGACAUUCUGUUGGCUACUUAAAGUAUGGAUUCACGAAGCUCAAAGAGUCUAUAUGGAUAGAGUUUGGGACUGGACAGAAAAAGAAUGGAUUAAACAAAGAAUCAUCUAUAUAGUGGAAAAACACAUUUGGUCCAAAAUGUGGCAGUUUGUUCCAUCUAAAUCCCAACAUGUAGUGCUGUCUCGUCGCUCAUUCCAAUCUCAAACUGGUGGUGGAGAAAAACAUAAUUCAAGACCUAAUCGAUCUCAUGUGGGAUCUACUGCUGUGAGUUGGAGCAUGACUACAGAAGAAACUGCUACAUCAGAUAAGGAUGUUCCUUCUUACUGGGCCCUAGCAGACAAUAUAGAUGAUUUUCUUCUCUCUGUAUCUGAUCAAGAGAAGGAGGUGGUAAAUGAGACCACACUAUCAGACCUAGCAGUUAUUGCAGUCAACACCAUCCAGGAAUCAAGACCACUCAUAUUGGAGAAUGUAACAAGAGAGCUGAUAUUUUCUGAUCAAUUUCUACACCACUUAGCCCAUCUGAUGAGAGCUUUUGAUCACACCUAGAUCUCAUGUUUUCCUGUCCAGUUAUGUAUCGUGGGUGGGUAAGACAUGC